UAUCUCCCUAGUCAGCUAGGGAAGUCGAAGCAACAGGACGAAGCUCAAACAGAUCGUUCGAACUUGCAGCAUGGACUUUCUCCCUUCGCUAAACGAUCGUUGUGCAAACUAUCGUUAAGUUAUCAAUAUAUAUUCUUUUCCUUUAAACAAAAAAAAAGUGAUGAUUGAAAGUGAACUGUCCAUUGGUUAACAAAUUAAUUGAAUUUCAAUUAAUUGAAUUAUCGAUAAUUAUCGAUUUGAAAAUUAAGUAUUCAAUGAAUUACAAUCAUUAUAUAAUGUAAUAUUGUUCAGAAUAUUGAAAGAUAUUAGUUCGGAAAAGAGAAGUGUGUUGGAACAUGUGAAAAUCAUAGAGCAACGAUAUAAAAAAAAUUAAUAAGUUUUUUUUAUUCGUAAGAAAUCGUUCAAUCAAAAAUAGUAAAUGAAAAGAAGUAUAAGCAAAAAGAAUCGCCAUUAGGAAAUUCAUAAAAAAAAGCUCUAGAUUAAAAAAAAUCUUUUUCCUUUCUUCAUUUAUUUUCGUGCUCAAAUAUCGUACGUAAAAUGGAAGAUACGCAGAAUUCGAUGUUUUUAUUUUCUUUUCUUCUCUUUUUUAAAUUUCUUUCUACUUUCAUCAAGUGUGAGAAAGAAAGGAAGUGAUGGAAUAAGUGUAAGACUAGGAUAAAGGUCAACGUACCUGUUUUGUUUUCACUCUACAGUUCAACUGUAGUCGUUAUUUUCCGGGCAGUUGGAAUAGUGUCGUUGAAAUGGUAAUUACAUUGGAGUGAUGUGAACAGUUUCUGGUGAUACUCGACGAAGUUUCUCGAGAGAUGAAUUAACCAUGCAAGGAUCGACGAUCGAUUGGGAGAUAAAGGAAUCCAAUGGAAACUGGUAUUCCUGUAUUUGCAGUACUUCGAUAAGAGCAUCGCAUAUUAUUGUUCCUACAAAGGAAUACCUGAACGGCACAACGACGCAUGUACUACUCAUCAUCCAGCAUUAUGAUCAAUUCAUAUGAUGUUUGCGAGAGUUGGAUAGUGUGAGCUGUAACAACAAACAAUUGAGGUAGAUUGUAGUUCUUGGAAUCGAGGGAAGAUUUCCAUGCACGGAUCAAGCCUUCCUGGAAUUCUAUGGUCGAGAAAGGAGGGAAGGAGCAUGACGUAGCCGUCGACUUUGGGGGGCGCUUCGGAUGCUCCAGACUGCCGAUUAGUCUCGUAUGGAGGGGAAGGACGCAAUCACCACUGAAGACAUCCUGCUUUUAAACCUGACCACACAAGACGUCGACGGCUUCCUCCAAGGAUUUCCCGGCAAAAACUCGCCCUAUACGGUCACCCAGGCAAUACUUAUCGCCUUGGUGCUCGGCAGUAUCAUCGUCGGGACUGUGAUCGGCAACAUUCUGGUUUGCGUCGCCGUAUUCCUCGUUAGGAAGCUGCGAAGGCCUUGCAACUAUCUCUUGGUUAGCCUUGCAGUUAGCGAUCUCUGCGUCGCUCUUCUGGUAAUGCCGAUGGCCUUACUCUACGAGAUUUCCGGUAAUUGGUCCUUCGGUGCAAUUAUGUGCGAUCUUUGGGUUAGCUUCGACGUGCUCAGUUGCACGGCUAGCAUCCUGAAUCUCUGCAUGAUCUCUGUGGACCGAUUCUGUGCCAUAACGAAGCCGUUGAAAUACGGGGUGAAAAGGACGCCACGAAGAAUGAUCGUCUAUGUCAGCCUUGUUUGGCUAGGGGCAGCCUGCAUUAGUCUGCCACCAUUGUUGAUUAUGGGAAAUGAGCACACUUAUUCUGAAACUGGACCAUCCCAUUGCGUUGUUUGCCAGAAUUUCUUCUACCAGAUUUACGCCACGCUUGGGAGUUUCUAUAUACCUUUAUUCGUGAUGAUUCAGGUAUACUACAAAAUAUUCUGCGCGGCGCGUAGGAUAGUUCUGGAAGAAAGAAGAGCGCAGAGCCAUUUGGAAGCACAUUGUUACUUUGAUAUAGAGCCAACAGUGCAACAGCAUCAGCCAGUGACUGUGAAUCGUCAAUUAAAUUCCGAUGUGCAGCCAGGACAUGGUAGUCCGCCCGUAAAGCAACAUCGAAGUUCGAGCGCCUCGACCACGUGUAGUGGUCAUACAGUACGGUGUUUUACCGGUGGUCCUCGCAAAAGUCAUGAAUCGCAAUGUCCAAUGCUUCAGAAGCUCGAGAAGCCCGUCCUCUCUUCAUCCACGACAACGACAUCGCCGAUGACAUCGACCAAGUCGACGAUUGUGAGAAACCAUUUGAACAGCACCUGUAGUGUAACAAAUUCGCCGCAUCAGAAGAAAUUAAGGUUCCAUCUGGCAAAAGAAAGAAAAGCCAGCACUACAUUAGGAAUCAUAAUGAGCGCUUUCAUAGUUUGUUGGUUACCGUUCUUUGUAUUAGCCUUGGUCAGGCCAUUCCUUAAGAAUCCAGAUGCUAUCCCAGCAUUUUUAUCCAGUCUAUUUCUUUGGCUUGGUUAUUGCAACAGUCUAUUGAAUCCUAUCAUCUAUGCGACUCUGAACAGGGAUUUUCGAAAACCAUUUCGCGAGAUCCUUUACUUCCGUUGCAGUAACUUGAACCAUAUGAUGAGAGAAGAAUUUUAUCAGAGCCAAUACGGCGAUCCUAUUAAUAAUUGUGAGAUCAAGGCUGGCGAAAUAGACGCUGAACGUCUCAAUAAUCAAGGUAUCGAAUCAAUCGACAUUGCUGCAAACGCUCCUAAUGAGAGCUUCCUGUGAUCCGGGAAUAAUCUCGAUCAUCGAGUCAAUCGCAAAAGUCUUGAAACAAAUUUGAAUCCACCAUAAUUGAUUUUCAUUUCGAUUUCACGAACAAAACACUGAUUGUAGAGUAUUCUAUUGAUUCGAAUGUUAUAAAUUUUUUAAAUUUGAUUUUCACUAUAUAACUGUGAUGUGAUAGUUCAUUGCGUUACACAUUUAACAUGAGAAAUUGAAAGAAUAUGAAUUGAAUCAAGCUAUAUUUUAAUUAUAAAAAAUUCAAGAUCUAAUUAAAAAUAAAAUAAAAAAUUUUUCCUGAAUUAAUUAAGUAUUGUUAAAAAUCAUAAUUCCACAUUUAAUAAUCAUAUAUAUUAACACGUUCAAUCCGGAUAAUGACUUAACACACAAAAUACUUUAUACAAAAUAGAGAAGUAAUUGUAAUGAAAUAAAUCUUUUAUAUAAUCCUUAUAAAACCAAAUUUUGUUCAAAAUAUAUAGGUAAUAUAACAUAGUUAGAAAACUUAUUAAAAUAAUAAUUGAAAUAAUUUUCUUUAUUUUAUUUUAAUAAUAAAAGUUUAUUAAUAUUUGCGAUUGUUUUAUUUGUAAUACAAGUUUUUUGUUUGAAAUAUAAGUUAAUAUUGAUUAAUCAAAUUAAAUUUUAUUAUUAUUGAGAAUUCUAAAACAAAAUUAAUAGUAUUAAUAUAUAAAAAUAAUAUAAUACAUAUAAUAGAAUACAAUUUUAAAUGAGUUCAAUCUCUUAAAAAUUCUUACUGUAAAUAAUAUUAUGACAACAAUUAAUUAUUUGUUUGAUAUAUAAAUUAAAAAAUGAAUCAAACUUCUAUACUUUUAGCUUAUUGAAGAUCCGGGUUGAAUAUGUUAAAAUACUGAAUAUGUUAAAUAAUUAAUUAAUUAUAUUAAAAAUAGAUCACUUGAACAGUGGUCGAAGAAUCUGUUCCAGAGAUAUAUAGCUAUUGGCUCGAUUCAAUUUUUCACAUGAUCAGAUGUCCAAACAAAACCUCGUUAAAUCUUUUCCGUUUCAUGACAAGGGAAAAAGUGAUCUCUGUACUAUCUUUGCGAAGUAAUAGAAAAAGAAAGAUCUAACAAAUCGGAACAGACACUUUUUCGACUAAACUAGAUCAUGUGAAGAGUGCGAUAUCAAGAAGAAGAAUUGUUGAAGAAAUUCUCUAAGGGUUUAAACGUGAUUAUCUCGAUUUGGAUAAUCGAAAAUGAAACAUUCGAAAAAUAGAAUGAUUAGAAAAGAUCGAUAUUAAUAUACAUUCGCUUAAGGUGUGAUAUACGAAUAAAGCAAAGUUCAUGUUUCGAAAAAUUAUGUUAUAUUAUGUACAUAGAACAUAUGAUAAACUAAUUUAUGUAGUGUCGUAUCAAUAAUCCUGAAAUAUGUAAUUAAAAAAAAAAA